AUGACUUCUACAUUUACCUGUUGUUUUGAACCCAUGGAUUGGAAUAAUUCAGACGACAAUAAAGAAAAAAAAUUUUCGAUAACAUCUAAUAAAAACGUUGAAGCUUCGAUACCAACCCAAGAAUUUCACGUACAGCCACUAGCGAAACUCGCGCGAAAUACUUUUAUACCAGUCGGAUUCGAAAUUGCCGAAGAAAUUUUCGGUUAUUUAGAAGUUGAAGACUUGAUUGCAGUUAGUCUGACCUACAAAGCUGUGUAUUAUUUCAUUAAUUCAUCACAAAAUCUAUGGAAAAACAUGUAUCGAACAUUAACACCCGAAAAUACCGAUCAAAUUAUGACGCCAUUAAUUAUGAUUCAAACAAUGGUAAAGCCUCAACUAAAACCUGCAGUUGCAUGGAAGCGACAAGUUUUCAGCAGACUUCGAUAUCGACCGUUUUACAUUGCAUACUCCUAUUUGGAUGAUCCGGAAGAUUUUACGUUAAUGUUUCAUGGAGCUUCUUAUGACUAUCCGACAGCAUAUCAAGAAGCUAUUGAUUAUGGUUUCUUCUUUUAUGGCGCCCCUGGUUCACCGACAGUUGCAAAAUAUGUUGAACAUAAAGGACAAUCAUUCGAUGAACUACAAGAGGGAUUCGAUAAUUGGCGAAUAGCAGUCGAAUCGAUAAAGCCGGAAUUUAAGUAUCCUCUAGAAACUGUCGACGGUGAUGAAUUAUAUCUCGUAUAUACUUAUUUAGAUGUUCAAGAAGGAUUUCAAUUCACGUUUGACAAGCUAUUUGACGAUGAAAGAACCGCGAUCGAAUAUGCUGCAGAAUUGGCGGACCCAGAAGACGUAUCAAGAGCCACAUACGUUGACCAUAAUGGCGAGAAAUUUGAUUCAAAGCAUCGAGAUGUUAUCAACACAAGGGUAGCGGUUGAUGUGCUGCCAUUUUGGCGAAAACGAGAGAUUCGACGAUUUGACGAAUCAGAAAUGACGGAGGAAACAAAAACUAUAGUCGAUGACGAAAACGAAGAGAUGAACGUUGAAGGAAAACUCGACGAUUUUAGUCAAAUCUGGCGAGGAGAUGGAAAACUUAAUCGUAAUGCUACAUGUCAGGAGUUGCUGCAAAGUAUUCUUGCCUAUCGGAAUACAGGAAACUCAAGAAAACGAACACUUGAAGAAGCGAUGAAUGAAAUGAGCAUAAAGGGAUAUGUAAAAAAGAAAAAACUCAUAGCAUCAUGA